GCAACUCGACUAUCCGCCAUGACACAAAGCAAAAGCGGUGUAAGAAGAAGCAGAAGACGAAAAAAAUAUGUGCAAGCAAAUCUCGCGAAAGAAAAUGAAAUUUGCAGCACUUGUCGUGUGUGAAAUGUAAACGCAGAGUGCACUAAACAAUAUAGAGACAAUAAUCCGCAUUUUAGUGUUUAUUUCGAGGGCUAAAACCACCGCUGAAUCGCCGUUAAGAUGAAGAGAAAAUACGAAAAUUGCGUGCUGCAGCAGAGGCAGCAACAAAAACGCUAUUCGUUGUAGAUAUAUACAUAUAUAUACGUACAUAUGUGCAUAUAUAUAUAUGCAAAUCUAUACAUAAUAAAGAAGUGUUCGGCGGUGAAUUGUAUGUGCGAUAAUAAAUAAUACGGAUAAUAAUAAUUAAUUCAACGGACGAAGGCGCGCGAGCAAAAGAAGAGGCGAGAGAAAAAGAGGCGCGAAAAGUUCGCAACAAAAUGGUUGUCUCCAAAGACAACAACAAGCGUCGCCGCAAGGAGACGCCCCCACCGCCUCCGCCCGGCCAGCCCACUGCCUCCUCGCUGGCACCUCCAUCGGCGGUGGCGGCCAUUGAGUCUUCGCCCGAAAUGCCCAAGAGAACGAAGGUGCAGGCACAGCGCAAGUUUGCCCAGGGACAGAGUGCUCCCAGCAGCUCCUCCAGCAUCGCCUACAGUACAGCAGCAGCGGCAGCUGGAUCCGGAUCGGGGCCCAGCACCUCCGGAGCGGAUAGCUCUCAGCCACCUAUCGAGAUCCUGCCCAACAAGUGCCCAAAACCGCAGGACUUUCUCACCUUUCUAUGCUUUCGUGGAACUCGCGCGCUGCCCGCCCACUUGGAUUUUCUCAACCAGGGCAAGUCCAAGGAUUCGGAAGCCUCGACGACGGGAGCCAACAAUAAUAACAAUGGAAGAAAGCCCAACAACAGUCGAGCGAGCUUGGCUGGCAAUAAAAAGAAGCGCGGUCGCCCGGCCAAAGGAGCGGCCAAGAAGGUGGAAGAUGUAGCCCCUUUAUCCGUUUCUACUGCGAAACCCUCAACAGCUGAAAAAGCAGCUAGUGAUAAAAACAAUCUCAUUGCAGCCGAUGCGCCUAAGAUUCCCUCGCGAAAUCCUACUCCUGUACUGCCAGGAGCGGUGCGUAAACGAGCGGAGGUUGUCACCGAUGGUAAUCGACGAGGAGCAAGAGGCAGAGGAGUAGGCAUUUCCCCCGAUAAGGCUGCACACCCAGCAUUAUCCAACGACAACAAGCGCCGCUCCAAUCGUGCCAGUACCAAGGAAAGUAAACCCAUCAUAGAUGAUGACCAUUCAGAGGAUCUCGAGGAACAAGAGGCAGAUGACGAUGAAGAUGAGUUCUUCUCUGCUCACGAUGCCACCUCGCGCAAUGGGGAGGAUGUAAAGGCAGACAGUCCUGUAAAAGCAGAACCCACCAAAAGGGGACGACCCUCGGCAGCCAAAAAAGCUGUAGAACCCGCGGCGGAAGCCCAAGCAGUUCUGAAAGAUAAGGCGCCCGUUAAGCGUGUAAGGCAACGGGAGUCACCCAUUUUUAUACCCUCACCCGAGUCCUCCGGACGAAUGACAAGACAGAGGGCUUUUUUUGAGCCUGUUAAGGUUCCGCCGCACCAGGAGGAACCUGCAACCCAUGAUUCCCCAAAAGAUGAGCCCAAAAGGCAGUCUGAACCGCUGCCAAGCAAAACAGAAAAGGAUCCAGAGCCUACUAAGCAAAUAAAGGAAACCAAGGAGAAAACGAAUUCCAGUAUUUACGCCAAAGAAGCAAAGCAGCAGCUGGAGAAUGGAGAGAGUCAGCAUGGUGUGGGGGCGAAGGGAAAGAAAAGUCUGAAUGUCUUUGAUUUUAGUUCAGAUGAUGAGCAGCCCCUAGCCAAAUCCAUCAAGCUGAAAAAGGGCGGCAAAGGGGCAAGCCCCAAGAAAGGUGGAGCUGCUACAAUUGCUCCGCCAGCCAGGAAUCGCAAGGCAGCAGCUAAAAAAUUAGAAAAGGAAAGGGAAAUUGAGAAGGAAAAGCAAAGAGAAAAGGAAGAAGAGAAUGAGAGAGAUAAAGCCAAGGACAAAAAGGAGAAGGAAAAGGAGCCUGUGCCAGAGAGCAAAGUGGAGGAGCCACCUAGUGGUGGGAAAAGGGGUAAAGCUGGUAAAAAGAAAGCCGAAGACGCUCCUGCGGAUGAGGAAGAGUUGGCACCACCGUCCUCGAAAAAAGUCGCCACCAAUGCCCGAGGAUCUCGAAAGUGUGCGAAAAGCAAGGCUUCGGAGGAUUCCGCAGAGCUAGAGCCUCAGAGAUCGCAGCGGCCCUCCCGCAAAACCAAGGAAGCUGCAGCCAUUUACAUGGGCAUCAUUGGCCACAAACUGCAGCUGGCCGAUGACGAGGAAGACGAUCUAUCAAUGAGCAGCUUUCCAGACAUACCCAACGUGAAAGAAAUGGAAAAGAUGGAGAACGAGAUCAAGCGUAAUGCGGCGGGAAAGUUAAACGUGCCGGAGGCCUCGACGGUGCUUUCGGCAGGCAAAUCAACCCGUAAGCCGUCGCCCCGACCUAAGGAUUCGCCAGUUACUGUUCCGGCAGAAGUCACCCGUAAUGCGUCCCCCUCUCCCCCAGAAGCCGAGGAGGAAAAGCCACCGCCCCCAGCCCGACGUGGCCGCCCACCUAAGCAGGGCAAGGCAAAUGCCGGUCCAGCUCACAAACCGCCAAUCGAGGGCAUGCUGGUAAAGAAGGGCUCGCUGGCCAAGAUGUCUGAGCAACAGGCCAAGCCCAAAGCCAAGUCCGAACAUUCGAAAGUCGACUCCGACGAGGAGGAAGACUUUCUCAUCAACGAGGAGCUAAACGAAACCAAGCGAAAGCUAGAGAAGAGUUUCAGCGACUCGGAUGACGAACCGCUGGCCAUCAAGGUGCCAGUGGUUGCGGCGAAAGAGAAGGAAGUAUUGCCCCCAAAGAUGGCCAGCCCACCGCCCAAAUUGGUGCCGGUUCCAUCACCCAUCUCUGUGCCCACGCCUGCAGUUUCGGUCGCUCCCUCGCUGGCAGUGCCCAGUUUACUACCGUCUUCAACUAGCACCACCCAGCUGACUAUGCUUCCAUUGACGGCAAAAGCUACAUCAUCUUUGGGUUCCAUGCCGAUGUUUUCAAGCAUUCAAGCAAGUUAUUCGCCACUCAAAACGAUGGAGAAAAAGCCGCCGGUGCCUACGUCCAAGAUUCUGAACGUUCCCGCCACGUAUGCGCUGCCGGGAAGUGCUAGUGGGGCUGUGACUUUUCAGAAAACCUCGUCGUAUUUGCCGCAGGCAUCGCCCCACUACCAUUCCGGUUAUGUGCGGCCACCACCUACGCCCACCCACCAAUUUGGAGGCGGAGCACCGUCUGGGAGUAAAACUCCCUCCCAGGGCUCAUCCCCGAUGAAGUACCAGACGCCACCGACAACCUAUCCACCGCCCAUCGAGGCGUAUCAGUGUCCAAAAAUUAAUCCAAACUUUCUAACGCCUAAGUACGAGCGAAGCCCUCUGCCCAGAUCAUCGACCAGCAGCUUUCCAAGCCCAUCGCCGGUGAAGUUUCAACCAACAUCGGGAACCACUGCUACCACCGUGGGCACACCAUCAUCUGCCACUAAAAGCCCCUUGGCACCACCGCCGCCUUCUCCACCAGUCAGCCAGGUUGUGAUCCAGACAUCCAGCUUAAAUCUUAGCAUGAGUAUUGCUGCUACAGUAAAUUCCGCACCAAUGCCAGUGGCCUCCACGUCGGCAGCGGCAGCCCAUCAAGCGCCAGUUGCAGCCACAGUAACAGCCACGUCCACACCACCGCCGGCGCACAGUAAUAGUGCAGGAACCGGAGGGGGAGCCGGGGCCAAUUCGGAUCCUCUAAAAGACGAGAUUGGGAGUAUACUAGCGCAGGCCACGCUGAUGCCCAGCAAAGAAGAGUCGGGCAAGAUCUUCGGCAUUGCCAGCGUGAGCUUAGCCCAGAGUUCUGGACCAGACAACACGAAAUGCACAUUGGGAAAGUGCGGAUCUAUCCACAAGCCUGUGCUGGGGCCAGUGGUGCCUACGGAGGGUUACUUUGGCGACCAGUUGUCUAGCAAAGAGCGGCGAAAGGCGAAGGUUAACAUGACGCACGAACAGAUUCAGAAAUGGCUCAUUGAAUGCUCAUCCAAUCCAGAUGAAAUCCAAGACGAUUUGGAUGACGAUUUUGAUGAUAGUUUAAGGCCUCAGCAAUCGACUACUCCUCCGCCCACGAGAGAUGAUAAAGAGCUCAGUGCAAGCUUCAGUUCAUCGUCGAAAAAUACGCGCGGCGAUCUUGGUAAGAGUGAGAGUGCCUGGUCCGCCAAGGGACCAUCCCUGAAGGCCACUCCUGUGCUGGUCACUCCUCCCAAUCGCAAGGAACACCACGAGCAGGCGGAUAGCAAGGACUGUGAUGUUUUGGAUUACGACAAAUCCUCAACACCUGUGAAUCUCACACAGAAAAUCACAACCAAUGAGUCUGUGGACAAGAAAGUCAACGAUCGCAAGGGCAAAGAUUCGUCAAAGGCCGCUGCAUCUAAGACUGCACCUCAGCCAAGAAGUACUGCCGCAACCCCACCAACACCCAUCUCUUCCACGCCCACUCCCGCAUCUCUCACUCCAUCUAAGAGCAGCCCAACUCCGCCGCCAGCUGUUAAGCAAAAACCGGAGAAGGGAAAGAGAAAUGCCAAUGCUGGCGGAGGAGCAACUGCAUUAGCUUCUCCGCCCGCAGCACCGACUCCUGCAAAUCCGAAACGUACUCCAGUUUAUAAUCAAAAGAACGCUAAGGCGCAGCAGCAACAGGCGGAGACGAAACCACCAUCUAAUCCUCCCAGUGGUGCAGGAACCAAACGGGAAUCGGUCUAUGCCUUUGGCAAAGAGGAUGAGUCUGGCAAUAAGUCGGGCAACCGGCGACGGGCUGAUCCCAGUCCGGUUCCUGCCCCAGCUCCCGUGGCCAAUGCGCUAAGUGAACGGUCUCCAACAAAAAAGAGAGCAGCAGCCGCAGCAGCAGCAACGGCUGUCCAACUAACGCUGAGUCCUACGGAGAACUGCAAGAUCGAAGGCAAACCAUCCAAGGCGGCUACAGGCAGAGGAGCCAAAAAGCAACAGCAGCAGGCUCCGGCUCCACCAGCACCACCCGUAGAAGCAAGUGGCGAUUCAGAUGCAGAGGGUGCAACCUUUUAUAUUCCCCUGCAAGGAGCUGGAGUGGGUGGCAGCGGUGAUGGGGGCAUUCAAGGCGUUGCAGUGAAGCUGGGACGAGAGGGGCCCGACGGCCCCAAUCAGAAGGUGGUUAUGCAGGCCACUCUGGUGACCAAGGCUCAAAUGGAUACCAACUCAAAGCCGCUGCCAGAGUCGUUGAAUACCAACGAGCUGGUAAAGACGUUGCUCCAUGCGGCGAGCAAUGAUGCAGCCUCAACGACUACAAGCCUUAAGAGCUUGCCCAAGGCGAGCACAUCAGCAGCGGCGGGAGCAACAGCAGGACCUGGUGCCUCCAGCUUGGUGCGCGUGAACUCCAACUCAUCCCUAUUUUCGGGCUCGGCUAAAUCUCGUACGGCUGCUCAGACAAGCUCCACAGCAGCUGCCGUGGCCAAAAAGUACAAGGAUGACACACCCAUUAAGAUGGCCAACAAUACGGCAUUUCCGCGACACGAUGAUCCCACCCAAAUGGUGGAAGCGCCCAUCUUUCGACCAACGGAAAAGGAGUUCGCCGAUCCCAUUGAGUUUAUCGAGCGCAUCACACCAAUAGCGGCCAGGUUUGGCAUUUGUAAAAUCAUUCCGCCGGCCAGCUUUAAGCCAGAAUGCCGAAUCUCUGAUGAGAUGCGCUUCACUGCUUACAAUCAGUAUGUGCACAAAAUGCUCCACCGCUGGGGACCAAGUGCCAAGGAGCUGAGUGCCAUCAAGAAGUACCUGGCCACCCAAAGCAUCGUUAUGAAUCACCCGCCUUGGAUCGGUGGAAUGGAGGUCGACUUGCCCCGAUUAUAUCAUACGGUCCAGGAGCUGGGAGGUCUUAAGGAAGUAAUCGAAAAGAAGAAGUGGGCACGCGUGGCGGAGGAAAUGUGCAUACCUAAGCUGGCUCAGGAUCGGGUGACCAAGCUGGACGACAUAUACUGCAAGUACCUGUUGCCGUACGAUACCCUGUCACCGGCAGAGCGACAAAAACUCUUUGACGAGGUGGAGGCCGACUGGGCCAAGCGGGAGGCACGGGCUCGUCGGAAUGCGGAUCGCUUUGUAAACACGGAGAGCGUGUCCAACGAGGAGGACGAUCUGAGCAGUGACGAAGACGAAGAGUCCGAGGAGGAGAUAGAUGGCGUGUCCAUGGAAUGCAUCGUUAAGGGGAGAAGUAUGCCUCUUAGCCAGUUUUAUAGGAUUGCCCGUAAUACGAUGGCGUUGUGGUUUAAAAGCACUGAUCCCACGGUCAAUGAGGUGGAAGCGGAGUUCUGGCGACAUGUGGCAGUCCGUGACAGCCAUGUGUGCGUUCAUUCGGGCUCCAUUGACAGCUCAGGCUGGGGCUAUGGCUUUCCUAGUCCAGGACCCAAGGGAAAAGGUUCUAACUAUGCCAGGCAUCCUUGGAAUCUGAAGGUGUUGACCAAUAAUUCUGGUUCUGUGUUGCGAUCCUUGGGUCCUGUUAUGGGCGUUACGGUUCCCACGCUUCACGUGGGCAUGCUUUUCUCCGCCUGCUGCUGGUACAGGGAUCCACAUGGCCUGUCAUGGAUCGAGUACCUCCACACCGGUGCCUCCAAGCUGUGGUAUGGAAUACCCGAUGAUCAGAGUGCGAACUUUAGAGCGGCUCUAACGUCGCUGAUUCCGACGCACUGCCAGAACAAGACAAUCUGGUUGCCCUGUGAUACGGUGAUGGUGCCACCGCACAUGCUCACGGAUCGAGGAGUGUCACUGUGCCGCAUCGAGCAGAAGCCAGGCGAGUUUAUUGUGGUCUUCCCACGGGCCUAUACCUCAAGCCUGGCCACAGGAUAUGUGGUCUCCGAGAGCGUUUACUUCGCCACAAUGUCCUGGUUGGAUUUGGCCAAAGAUGAUUUCAGGGACAUCCAUGAAAGCUGUGAGCCAGCUAUGUUCUCGUUGGAGCAGCUGCUGUUUGCCUUGGGCUAUGACCAGCGGGUCAACUCCGAAGCCCUACAUCAAAUGUUGCCAAUGCUAAAUGACGUUUGCGAGAAGGAAUCCGCUGCCCGAGAGCAGCUUAGGGCUGCUGGUGUGACAUCCACCGAAAAAGUGCAGGCGGAGAAAAGUCAAAAGGCCAAGAAGCAGCAACAGCCGCCAUAUAAGUCCAUCGAGAGCGAAUGUGACCUGUGCCGCGCCAACCUGUACAUAUCGAUGGUGCGCACCGAGGAUGGCAACAUCUACUGCCUGCAACACGCCUUGAAAAACCUAAACAACGGCAACAUUCAGGCCAAGCAGUGCAAGCUAAUCUAUGCGUACAACGUGGAUGAUAUACAACAGCUUAUACGGCAACUGCAGGAGAAGAUCAACCACAAGGCAGCCGUAAAGAAAAAGUAGCAUCGUCGGCGUCGUUACUAAUCGGCGGCGCACGAAAGAUUCAGGCACAGAUAAAAGAUACGGAUAAGAAUUUGGAUUAGGAACCCAGCGCAGAUGUACAUAUAAAGAAUGUGUAUACCUAUGUGAUUCGCCAUCGCUAGUGAGCAGCUAAUUGGUAAUUGGGUGAAAUAUAGAAAUGUCUAUGAGAUAAUCCGUGGACACACAAAACACACAUUAAUGCAACGUUUAUCUCCCAGUUGACUAACUGACACUAUUACUAACUGUUAGAUAAGAGCAUAGGUUCGGAUAUAGAGACUGCUCACACUUCAACGUGGCAAUGCUUUCAAUUUUGACUAGUUUAUACAUUACGUCGAUAAGAAGUUUGCAAUGAAUUUUGUUUUCCAUUUAAUUUUUUUGUUAUGCAAUAUUUACCCUCCCCGAAAAUGUUAACCCCCAUUUGUGUUAUUGUAUAUAGAGAGCCUAGUGUAUGUACGUAGUUAGCUUUCGGAUUAAGUCAAAGACCCUCAAAGAAACCAUGCUAACGUGUUGCAAUUUCUACUACCUUUUAUACGCUAAGAUAACGAGUAAUUACCAUAGCAUCAUAGAACGACACAGCCCCAGAUAUCCUCCACUCCCAUAGAGCGCUAGUUUAAGCACUAAAAAUAGCAAGGGACCGUCCCGGGAUGGAUCUCUGCCAACUAACGAACUAAACGAAAGCCAGAGUUACUAUCGAUGACUGCAGUUGUGAGGCGGGACAACCCAAACCAUACUGUUCAUUCAACCAAAAACGAUAUAGACGAAAUCCAUCAAGGACAGGCGAUUAUGAUUGCGUAAAUGAGAACUUUUCACUAGAUGUUCAAUGUAUUUAUAUAGUAGUAAUACAAUAUUUAAGUAACAAGUGCAACAAUAAAUCUUAACGCGAUAUAUCGAA